AAGCACCUGAAGGCAGCAGCAGAGCUCGGCUAACUCUCGCUGCAUGGACGCGCUGAGCACACCCUGCCAGGGAGCUAGUCACAGUUAACAGGCAUAAAACAUGUCGGGGAAGAGUUUUCGAGUUAGCGACGGGGACUGGAUUUGUCCCGAUAAAAAGUGUGGAAAUGUGAACUUUGCUAGAAGAACUAGUUGUAACAGAUGUGGCCGGGAGAAGACCACAGAGGCAAAGAUGAUGAAAGCAGGAGGAACAGAGAUUGGGAAAACUCUGGCUGAGAAGAGUAGAGGCCUCUUCAGUGCGAACGACUGGCAAUGCAAAACAUGUGGCAACGUGAACUGGGCUAGAAGGUCAGAGUGCAACAUGUGUAAUACACCGAAAUAUGCCAAGCUUGAAGAGAGAACAGGUUAUGGCGGAGGUUUCAAUGAGAGAGAGAAUGUGGAAUACAUUGAACGUGAAGAGUCUGACGGCGAAUACGAUGAAUUUGGUAGGAAAAAGAAAAAGUAUCGUGGAAAAACCAACAGCACAUCGUCCUCAAAAGAAAGUGAAAAGAAAGAAGUAGCAAAAGCUGAAGAUGAUGAGGAGGAGGAGGACGAGGAGGAAGAAGACGGUGACCUUUCCAAAUACAAAUUAGAUGAUGAUGAUGAAGAGGAUGAAGACGGAGACCUGUCAAAGUACGACCUGGAUGCCAGUGAUGAUGAUGAAGACAAGCCAGCUAAGAAAAAGGGCAGCCGCUCGGGUUCUUCCCGCUCUCGCUCAUCGUCGCGCUCCUCCAGCUCCAGUUCACGGUCGAGGUCCAGGUCCCGCUCUAGAAGCUCAUCCAGUUCCAGAUCAGGAUCUCGCUCGAGGUCCCACUCCAGAUCCAGCUCCAGGUCUGGAAAGGGCUCUUCUCCCCGGAAGAGGUCCCGCUCACCCUCCUCUUCACCUGAGAGGAGACAGAAGCGCAGUCGCUCCAGGUCCUCAUCUGGAGGGAGAAAGAGGAGGCGUUCUAGAUCACGUUCGUCCGAAAGGUGCCGCGGCCAGUCCUCUGGAUCCUCCCAUUCUGGCUCCAGUUCAAAAAAGAAAUAACUUUAUUACAGCCAUUAAAACACGAAAAGGAACCUUAGUACAAGUGCAUGUUGUGUUGCAAAGAAAACAACCACAUCCUUUCAGUAUGCUGUUCAUUUUCAUAGAAAAGUCUUACUUCCCUCAGAAAAGACAGCGG